GUUCCGUGGUGUCAUCGUCGUCAGCGAGCAACAUUGAUCGGGAGCAGGAUCUUCCCGAUCAUCCCCACGACGCAGAUCAUGUUUCGCGCCGUGAGUUGAACCACGUGGGCAUGAUGACGUCGUCCCGCGGCCCUGGCGUCAAGAUGUCUCAUCGUGGGCGUGACGUGACGGGCCAGAUAGAAGUACCGACCAGCGAGGAUCGUUUCUGUACGCCUUGCGGGCCGUCGGAAAGUGCCUUCUCGGAGCAUACUGGCCAGCCAGUAGUAACUACAGACGAGAAUAAUGUCGCGGGUGCAGGUAGUAAUACAACGGCAGCAGCAGAAGCUUUUGCUUCUGUGGUUUCAAGGAAUAAUGUGUCACCGUCCUCCUGCGUUGUAAGAGCUCCAAGAGGCUCCGCGGGCGGAACUACAGGACGAGUGUUUGCAGCUGCGCCGGUCGUCGUGCAAGGGGAACAAGAAAGAACUUCUUCUGGGAAGACCACACUGUCAAGCAAUCUGCAAACCGCACACGACAACGACAAGCAGAACCUCGGGAAGGAGUUGUCCACCGGUGCAGUCGUGCCAGCUCACGUAAGCCAAAAAUCUUCGACCACCUCAGCAUCGGGAAGUAGACAACAAGACGAAAAUCCUCAUCCCGACCGGCACAGCACGAAGAUGCGGCUCGACGCAAAAAUAUUAAACCAACCAGUUGCGCCGGCGGCUCCUUUGCCCUUCGCCGACCUCCCCGUCGCUGAGAAGCGGAAACUUUUCAGCGGGAAGUGGCUAAACACUUCCCAGACCGGGUUUGAGGACGUGCUGAAAGCUAACGGGGCGAAUUUUGUCCAACUGGUGGGCGCAAAGCUGGUAAAUUACGGUGUCGGAAAGAGCUUUCACGAGUUCAGCUUUUCCGGCGGGGGCGGGGGAGGUGAUAAAAGAAAUUCUGGCGAAGAAGUGGAGCAAACGAACAAGAGGUGCAGCACCGGGGGCAGUGCCUCAAGUGCUGGAGGAUCUUUUUCAGCAAGAAGAGAAGGCGCGAAAAAGCAUCUGCAGCUCAAGGAGAAGCACACCGGCGGCAUUGCGGGGGCACACACUUUCCACUUCACGGUAAGUUUGCUAAGUUUGCGUUGUAUUUGGUUUUUUUUUUUCUUCGCUAUGCUGUAGUGCGAUGGUGUUGGAUCGGUUUUCUACACAAUGCAUAACGCUUAUUUGGCUUUAGACCACCACCAGGACCAGGAGCUCCACAACAUACAGUAGCCAGGACCCUAAUUUUCACAUUCAAAUACAAACACUUGGAAAACUUAAAAACAGCUCGACGGUGAAGCGAGGUUGGUCGAGACCUCGAUGGGGUCCCGGUUGACGUCCGCCCAAUUCGUGGAGGACGCGCUGGUGAUCGAGAUGCACGAUCCCAAGAAAAAGGGAAGGUUCUACAACAUUUCUCGGCGCCGGUUGCUCGACCAUAACCUGCUGCAGCUCUCCUGGGAAUGCCAUGCGUACAAGGAGGCUGACAAGCACAAAAACGUGAGCUGUGUGCGACUCUGGGAGCGACAAAUAGGAAGUGGGGACGAGGUGUUGAUGCUCAAAAAUGCUUCUGCACAAGAAGCGACGAGGACCACGGGGACGGCCCGCCCUGGUGUAGUUGGAGGCGCAACCGGUAGUAAUGCAGCCUGAGAGCGACGUCUUUAUGGUCGGACGUAAAAAGCCAAAAUAGCAUCAACAUGAUUUCUAGCGGAGCCCGUUUUCACAUCAUGUUGACAACUACAACUGGCGAUAUAUUUCCUCCCCUACGCUACACGUAAGUUAGAACAGCCACUACAAUUGCCCUGAGUAAAGUGAAUUAUGAUUAUCACCACCUCCCUUCUCCUACGUCUACGUCCCCACCCGACUCGUUCUCAGAACCCCAGCAGGCCUUUACCCCUGAGUAGACAUCUCUGUCUAGUUGAACUUUCACCGUGACAAGAUAGAGAAAAUUCGAAAGAGGAUUGUGGAGAAGGCAAAUGGUCUCGGUCUCGCUCCAAACUGCUGCAAGUACUGAAUGCUAACAAGGCC